ACCGUCAAUCACGAAGAAGUGUUUUGUUGUCAUGGCGGUGUUUUAAACCGCCUAACACCUACACACAAAUCUCCAAUUUAUAUAAUUUCUUCUCAACUAACGUGUCGUCAUGGUAAAAUUCACCACGGAUUUAUUUGUCGUUGGCCUGUUAACUAUGGGUUUAUAUGGGAUAGAUCAAUCGCUUUUUCUGUAAUCGAUCGUAUCCGUCAGUAGAGAAUCAGUUAAGCUACUCUGAGGAGGAUUACUCAAAUUGGAUUUGCAACUAGCCGAAUGACUUACUUCUAUCAAUACAGUACACAAAAGAAGAUUUCAUUAGGAUGAUUUCUGAUUUCCAUAGGGCUUCUACUAUGACAACUGCCGAUCUGGGCUCUUUGAACCGUCAAUGGAUUAAAAAAGGCUCUUCUGUGUCUCAGAUUGCUGGUCUGCAAACACAGCUUCAGUUCAAUAGUGCAGUGUUACCCAGUGUCCUGAACCGAGCCACCCGAGUGGGACCCCCUUCUCCCAUCGUGAUAGAGAAACUUCUCCCCCAUACAGAGAGGCAGGAUGAUAUGGAAAGCUGCAGCAGCUCCUUACGGCUCUCAGUCCUGUCAGAAGAGCGCCUGCAGGCUGCUGUCAGACUCGCCAAGAGAGAUCUGCAAAGAAAACGGCAGGAAUCCAUCAACCGUUCAUCCCUCGAACAAGAAGAAACACAGGAGAUUAUUAUCCCUGAAAGAACCAACACAGAUAACGUUCCUCGUGUGGUUUCCCCAAAGAUGGCUGGUACAAGGAAGCAAAUAAAAACUGGCGCUCAUGUGCUUGUUUAUACUCCUCAGAAGCCCAACAGCCCAAUUAAACAGACUCAAACACCCAUUAAAAACACUAUAGUCAACAGCAGUGAACCUCAACUCACACAAGAGAUUCGGAAAUUACAGAAGGAACUGAGCACGUAUGUUCAAAGGGUAGAGCAGUUGGCUAAUAAAGAAUGUGUGGUGGAGGCUUUGGAGCCUAAUGAGAAGCAGAGGAUAGAGAUCCGGCGGCAGGAGCAGGCGGCCCGUUCCGCUCGUAUGAUCUAUGUGUUACAACAGCAGGUUAAAGAAAUAAAGCAGGAUCUAGACAAGCUACGUUGCCAGAAUAUCAAACCGACAAAAAAGUCCAGGCCAAUGGAGCGGCUGGCUGCUGCUCACCGGGGAGCUGUGAGAGCCAUGCAGGUUUUUAUCAACCAGCUGUCGGACCCUGCUGAGAAUAGAGUGCCCACCCACUGCAAAGAGCUGGGUCAGCUGAUUCGCCAGCUCUCUCUCUGCUCUGCCAAAGUAGAGGUGGGACAAGGAUCUGUCGUCCCAGAGACAGCACUCGACAUCCUGCAGAAAUUAGAGAUGCUUGACUCAGCUCUGAGCAAGCAGGAGACCACCAAAAAACGAGAUGUGUAUUUGCAGAAUGUUAACCCAGUGGAAAAGACCUCCAUUCAGGUCAGGGCCCGCAGCAUGUCCCCUCCCCGUCCUGCUAGAGCCCCAGCUGAGAGGAACUCACGGAGACCUCGAAAACCAGCUGAUGCCAAAAAGCCAGCUAGCAGCAGACUGGCAGGAAAAUCCCACAGGACUUCACAGGCAUUGCUGAAGGAGCGCAAUGAUGUUUUGAAAGCAGGGCUAGAAAGCCUCAUCCAUCAUCAAAAACUGAGAGAGGCAGAAGCACAGAAAACCAACAAAACUACUAGUGCUAUUAGCCAGGACCAUGUUAAGCAGGCCAGUCAUGUUCGUGAUGCCAAAUUCCAGCAGCCCACCGUCUCAUCACGACUGAGGGAAAACCAAGUUCCCCAGAAAGAGUCCACUGUGCCUUGGAUCCCAACAUCCCCUCAUUCUCCUUCUCGCCUGCGUGCUGUGCCCAACCGGCCAGAGCCCAGAUGUCUGUUCUCACCUCAUAAAAACCCUGAAAAGCAGAAGCCGCAGACUACAUCCAGUACCCAGCUCAGUGCUUCAUCACCUGACAGGAAACAGGCUCAAAAUGAAGCCCUCAGACAAGCCUGGCUGGACCGUGUGACUGCAGACAGACUGAGAGAACUGAAUCGUCUGAGUAAAGAAGAGGCUGACCGCAUUAAAAAACUCCGGACCACAGUGGGUUCUCCAACACAAUGGGCAGAGAGAGCCGAGCGAGCUGCUAAAGAGAGGAUUCAACCUUUGUUGGAUCAAGCUCAGAGGGUGGCUGGAGCAGGAAGUGACAGACUGAGAGCACGGCUGAAGGUUACAGAUAAGGCUGAGGGCAAGACAGACCUGCUGACUGAAACUCUUCUGGAGGAUCUUCAAGAGGACACAGCUCAAGCUCUGUGGGUCACGCAAAGGGAGCAGGUGGCUGAAACGGAUGCCGAGAGGAAGCUGCAGGGCCCCACAUUAGAGAGCAUGCUGUUGAGGAUGGAGGAGAUGGAGAGAGACCAAGAUGAAGUGCGUCGGCGCCUUGCCAUGAUCUCAUACUCGGACCCUCUCAUCUGGGAAAGAGGCACAGAUGCAACAAGGAAUAAUUCCAGCUCCAGGCCAAUCUCGCCCCAACCAAUCCGACUGACCAAACCAGCCCUGAAUGCACCCCCUACAGCCGACAUCCUCCUGCAAAAGCCAGUGGAGAUUGGGGCUGCAUCAGACAUGCCAAUACUUGAUGAUGAGUCUUUAACUCCAAAUGACUCCAGUAAUCCAGUCCCAGCCGGAGGGGGAAGCACACGAGGGGUUUACCUGACUGUGCCGGCCAGCAUGCAGAGACGUAUUCAGAAAUACAGGGAGAACCAUGAUGCCUUCCUGCGCCUGAUCUCCCAUGAGGCUCUGGGGAGCUUCAAUCCUUGGGCAAUAGCAGACAGUCUGGCUGAUGAGCUUAUGUCCGAGGCUCUGGCUGAAGUGGCGGCAGAGUUUCAGGAUGUUUGUGAAGAAUACGCAGAGGCGGUUUUCACUUCAGAGUUCCUCCAACCUGUCCAGUCUCCAUCCACAUCAAUGUCAUAGUAGCUACUCGAUUUACAAUGACAUCCAGAUUUUUUAUGAGGAAUUUAACAUCGUAUGGUUUGUGUUUUUGUAUGAUUUACAUUUAUAUGCUUAAUUAUGGGAACCUUUUGGUUAGAGCUCUGUUUUUUUUUUACUCAAGUCCAGUUCUCAUUUCUGUUGUAAUGUGAAACCUUAGUGGGCGGUCUGACUUUUAAAUACAAACAGAUGCUUUUUGCACACCACUAACAAAUGUCACAUCAGUGUGACAUAAUCCAUACACCGUUCUUUGUGCAUUAGUCAGUGCAUUAGUCUGUUGCUAUUGAGCCAAGACAAAAGCCUUAAAAGAGCCUCUACAUUAUUAAUGCAUUGUGAAUGAUGAGAUUUAUACUGAUGUCACACACAAGAUCAGGAUCACUCAGCCUCAGCUAUUCCUGAAUAGCAUUAACGGAUGCAUUACUUAAAUCCGCAUCAAAAAUUACUUUGUGGACACAUUUCAUACUCUUUAAAGCAUAUGUUUUGUUUUGCUAUGCUAAUUGACUCUCCAUAUGUUGCUGAUUAUCCCCAGCAUUAUCAAACAAGGAAAGGUGAGGUAUUUAGUGUAUGGCUAUGCUUUUGUGUCAAGAGCCUGAGGGGAAAAUGCCCUGCAGAUGAGUCCAGAUGUUGUGCUGGUAUUCUGGGAAUGUGCUUGAUAAGGACAAACAGACCCAGAGUGCACUAGUCCCUACAAACACACAUUCUUUCUAUGGGGCAAUGUAUACACCUACAGCUACAGUUUAUAUUACUAGUUUAGGCUUCUAAAAUUGAGGGUCUGUUUGUUUUUUGAGGACUUUGUGUUGCUUUAAAAGUAUUGGUUGUCGCAUAAUUGCUUAAUUUUAUUGCGGUAAACUUAUUUUAGGAUACAUUUCUUAACCUGUCAAGCUGCAAUUUAAACCCCCUAAUGUGAGUCACAGGUUUUUUCCAAACUACUUAUUUGUGCCAAAAGCAAACUAUUAGCACAAAUGCCAACAAAUUCCAGCUUUGUGCCAUGAACUGAUGUAAUUAAUGCUGUGAGACUGUGGAAAUGAAGUCACCAGAUUGGCAUGAACUUGUUAGUUAUGUUUUUAUUUCUGAUGAAAAAACCUGCUGUAUUUAUAAUCAUGAUUUAAUUUAUAACUAAAAUAAAUGUUCUAAACUGACUCCAAACAUC